CAAAGCUCAUGAUAGAGCUCACAAAAAAUAAUAUAGUAGCUAAUAUUACUAAAACAUAUUUAAAACAAAAUGGUAAAAAGAUACGUAUCGGAGAUGGAGGAAUUGAUAUAUUUGGACGUUAUAAAGGAAUGCAUUUUAUAAUGCAAGCUAAAUUUAGAACAGAUAAAGAAUCAUAUGUAGUUCCAAAAGAUGUAAAAGAAUUUAUAGCAGUUUUGAUGGAACAACCUAAAAAUACUAUAGGAAUUUUUGUAUCUAAUGCAAAAUUUUCAGCUAGAAUUCAGACUUAUGCUAGUAAUUCUAAAGAAAAAGUAAUAUUAUGUAACGAAGAUAAUUUAAUCGAAAAGAUAAAAGAAGCACAUAAAUUAUAUUCAAAUUCAGAUAUAGAUGAUAUUGUUUCUCUUGAAGAUAUAACAACAGGAGAAAACACAAAUACAGAAAUAUUUGGUAUAAAAUUUGAAGGAAGUAUUAAGAUAGGAAAACUUAUUAGAAGACGUAUAACUCCAUAUUGA